GCCGCCGCCUCGGGAACAGCUGCCGCCGGCUUCUCCCAGGCUGUUGCACCAGGAGGCACAACUCGGAGGAGACCCGCGCACCUCUUGGAUUUCGCAUUUGCAGGGGAGCUCCAGACUGGCGAAAGAUGGUGCUUCCAGGGCACAGGACUUAGGAGACGGUCGCCAUGAAGCCCUGCGGCUGGUGCUGAAGGAAGCCGGCUGCUUGCAAGGGCAGGUACCUACCUGGACAGGUGCGACGCAGCGGAGGAGUCUCCCGGACGCCAGCCAGGAAACCUGCUUGCGGCUGCCUCGCCUGCCCUGCCCUGCAGUCCUGCAUGUGAGAACCGCUUCUCCCGGGUCGCCUGGCUGCAAAAUAUGCCUCCUUUGACAUGCGGAGUCCUCUUCCUCGCCAUCGACAUGUCCUUCCGGCUCAUCACAGCGGUUGCUGACCAGUGCAGCGGGGGAAGCAACAUCUUCACUGAGAUCCCGGAGAACAGCCCUUACGGCACCUUGGUCUGCCAGUUAAUGGUGUCUGGCGAUCCCGAGGGCGACACCGUCCAGCUGACCUUGGGCGGCAUUGAUGCCGAUUGGUUCUACUUGGACGGAAAGGCUGUGCGGCUGAAUGUCUCCGAGGAAAAGGUGUUGGACCGAGAGUCGUUGGAAACUCCUGUUCUGAUGGUCUCCUUCACAUGCGCGGAAGAUGGCUUCUCACCGGCUGAGUACAGGAUCAUCGUCCAGGUGAUGAACGAGAACGACAACAAGCCACGGUUCCAGGAGGACACCAUUUUGACGCAGAACAUCAGUGAGCUGGCUGCCCCCCACUCCGUGAUCUUCAGCACCCAGGCGGAGGACGCCGAUGGCGACACCCUCAUGUACGUGAUCGACGGCACGUCGGCGGACGCCAAAUAUUUCCGGAUCGACCUGCCCAACAGCGGGAGGAUCGUGCUGGGCAAAGCGUUGGAUUUUGAGACCAAGAGACAUCUGGAGUUUGUGAUCCAUGCCGUGGAAAUGAACACGAAGGAAAGGUACAAUUCCUCAGCCAGGAUCCACGUCAACGUGAUAGACGGAGACGACCAGUACCCCCAGUUCCUUCCGUGCAACUUCCUGUCGCACGACGGGGUUGGCGUUUGUGUCAACCCCGUCUACACCGCCAACAUCACGGAAGGGGAGGUCAAGACAGAACCCCUCCAGUUCCUGCCUGGUCCCAUCCAUGCUGAAGACGGAGACCGCGACCUGAAGGCUGCCAUCACCUAUUCUAUUCUCUCAGGUACGGACCACGGCUACUUCCACAUGGACAACGUCACGGGCGCAAUCACCAUGUUGCGGCCGGUGGAGAGCAGGAUUCGCACUCCGGUCUACAGCCUCAGUGUCAUGGCCUCUCAGGUGAACGACGCCAAGAAGUACGCUGUGACCGAGGUCCGCGUGCGAAUCCUGGCAGCCAACAGCCACGCGCCGCACUUUGAGAAGUCCCAGCACCAGGCCUUUGUCCACGAAGGCGAGAGCACGGCCUCUCUGGUCCUGACGUACAGCAGGAGGGUCCUCUUCAUCCUGGCCACCGACAUGGACUUCCCCGACGGCUUCAACCCUGCGGUGCGGUACAGCCUCAGGCGCCAGUCCAACCACACGCAGCUCUUCCAGGUCACCCCCGGCGGACUCCUCAUCGCCCGCGCCGACCACCUGAGCGCUCUCCAGCGAUACGCCUUGCAGAUCCUUGCGCGAGAUGAGGAGUCGGGUGAGACUGCCAACACCACGGUCAACGUGGAGGUGCUGAGUCCUGGCCAGGCAGUUCCCCUGGAUCCUCUCGAAGCCGGACACCAGGGGACGAUGGACGCCGGAAUCCUGGCAGGCGGCCUGGGGGCGCUGCUCUUGGUGACGGCCAUCAUCCUCUUCCUCAUCCUGCGAGCCAUGAAGAAGAGGCAGCGGCGCCAGCAGAACAUGGAGCGGGCGGCUCUGGCCAUGGAGAAGCACCCCAAUGUGGUCAAUGCUGGAAAGGCCCCGCCGCACCCCGAUAACGUCUACUUCCAGAAUGAGGGGUACAGCGACCUUGGCGACGAGGCGCCCAAGACGUACGGAGGCCAGGCGGCCCUGAACUCCAAGCUGGAUUCGGCAAGGAGCGGGAAAGGCCUGCCCGUCGGUGAUGCACUGCUGGCCAACUCGGUGCCCAAGGGCGGGGGCCAGGCCCGAGCCAGUGCGGCCCCUAAGAAGCCUGAGGAAGAAGAGGAGGCCAAGACGGCUCUUGUCAACGGAAAGGCCCUCGAGCAACGCCCCUCUCUCUGCCUGGAAGACGAGGCCUUGCCCAAAGCUGCGGAGCGGCCGGUGGAAAUGCGGGUGGUGGAAGACGAGGAUGAGGAAGAUGAGGAAGACGAGGCUACUCUCUUCCCCGUGGGCAGUGAGGAGAACCAGUUUGGAGACACCAUAGGAGAACCCGAGGAAGAACAGCGCUCCGAGGGCGGUCCGCAGCAAGGGGGAGAGUCGGUGCCGGAAGGCAAGAUGGCUGCCAACGGGGGCCCAAGCCACGUGGAGCCCGCUCCUCAGAGCCCCACUGCUGACAGGAACUGUGAGGGUGGCAGAGGGGCUGAGGAGCACCCUGGGUCCCCCAGCGAAAGCAUGGACGCAUCCCAGGUUAUUCCCUGUGGCAUUGCCACUCCAGGGGCCACAGAGCCCAGCGACACAACCCCGGCCCCCAAGGAACCAGUCCCCCCACUGCCGAAGCUGGAAGAGCUGCCCACGGAGGACGAGGACGACGACGGGGAGGAGACGCCGAAGGCCACGUCACCCACUUAUCGAGACCCCCUGGCGCCUCUGCCUGUCAGUGACGUCAGGAUGCCCGCAACGCUUUUGCAGCUUCUGGAAGAUUCCAUCGAGUGCUAGCCUGCGUCUCGCUGCCCCACCCUGAGCGCGGCCUGCUCGGCCAGGGCGGAGGGAGGGAGGACAGUGGACGGUGUAGAGACAAUCUCCUUUCACUGAGGCGAGCGUAAUGGGGCAACCGUAGCUCCGGGCAUUGGUUUGUGCUGAGCGGGCAGACUGGGGGGAAGGGUCUGCCCCUGGAUCCCAGGGCUCGUGCCAACAUUGGGGGGCUCCUUUCCUCAGCUCUGUCUGCCAGGCGCACAAAGGCAUUUGAUUUCCUCGAAUGGGGCGUUGCUGACUCUUUAAACCCACGAUAGACAUGUUAGGUUCCCCCCGUAAGUUGGGGUCGGCCAGGCAGCCCACCAAGGUGCACCAGCUUCUGCUCAGGGUCUACCAACUGGGGAGGGGGGAAUGCUUUGGCCUGGGGGUGGGCGGGCAGGGGGCGUAUUCCCUUCUCAGCAGCUUCCCUGGCAGGACAAAGAGGAGUGGGGAACCCCCAAGGGAGGAAAGCUCAGAGCAGAGGUCAGAGGGAGGAGGUGCUAGAUGAUGCAGAGGCAACAGGGUUUAGUGAGCAGGAAGAGCAGAUGACAGAUUGAAGUUCAGACUCCGAAGGUGAAGCAGAGGAAAAGGGUCAAGAGGCUGCUGAAGAAUCCAGGGCGUCUCCCUCUCUGGCUGCAAAAAGCUCCUCUCUCUCCUGGUCUCUGAGAGCGCACAAAGUAAUGAGAGGAGCGGAACAGAGACCAGAGGUCUGUAGGUGCAAUUUGAAAUAGUUUGGGAAACAUCUGGGAGAGGAGUCCGCCUUAGAGAGGGUAAAAGGCACGGACCUUCAGUCCUGGCAACUGCUCACCUACUGGGGAGUGUUGCUGAGUUGUACGUUCUUUUCCUGGAAUAAAAAGUCAACUUCACUGACAACAGAGCUCUGCCUCUUUUGUGCCAACUUGCGUCUGACUCUGGCCCUGAUAGCCAGAUGUUUUGGAUGGCAACAACCGUCAUCAGCCCCAGCCAACGCCCAGCUGGGUCAUCUGAAAACAUCUGGAGGGCAACAGGUUGGCUAAGGAUGCUGUAGAAGCUCUCCCGACGUCAUGCCAUGCGUGAGCUGUCGAUUCUCAUCCCAAAACACCCCCAGUGGGGUGCCCUCGGGGUGUUGCUGGACUUCCUCUCCCAUCAGCCCCAGACAGCGUGGCCGGUGGCCAGGGAAGAUGGAAACUGUAGUCUAGCAGCAUCCAAAGGGCACCAUCUUAGAUAUCUCAGCAGGCGUCAGAUCCUGAAGGAUGGAGAGGCUGAUUGCCCCAAGGUAUGCCAGCAAUGUGGACCACUUUUUGCAAGCGAGGCUCUCAGGCAAAGCAGCACCAAACCUCCCCUCACCUAGCCGGGAGCUCACCGGUGCCACUUCUGCAACUGCUCAGUCGAAGCCCCAUCCCUGGGGCUGGAUGCGUGUCCUAGGGGGCCUGGGGACACCCUGCCCCAGAAGGAUCAAGGCCAAGGAAAGCCCAGGGCUACCCCAAUGUCUCACCACCAGCCCUUCCUCUGCAAGCCUGUUGGUGGAUGUGCUGUAAUAUAAAACUGAAUGUAUGAUAGAAGCAACUAUUGUCUUGCUUGCGUCUUGGGUUGGUGAGUGUGAG